AGUAGGAAAUUUUUUGAUAAAUUUACGAUGUUUUUGUUUGUGUUUAUGUUUCCCCCCCGAAAGGUCGGGCUUUUGGGGAGGUCAAGUUUAAACAGUGAUACCAGUGCCUCAUCAUGUUCUUGGCUGUGUCCUUUGUCCAAUGGAUCUUGUCCCUCCCCGUUUCAAAAUCGUCGUCGGCGAGUGCCGGGAAGAAUUGGAGGCGGGUUUGGAUGUAAUUGUUAAUCAGCCGGAGGUUGUCCUUGUGUUCCUCGGGCAGGGAUUCCGAGAAAUUGAGGAGGGGGAUGAAGACUUCGGCAUUAGGGAAGGUCGUUUUGGCCGCUUUAAGGGCCCUCCGGAGCUGUUUGAAGGUGGUAACCUUGGGUUUUUGUUCCCUAUUAUUGAUACCGAAUGCUAAGACCACCUUCUCAACCUCAGGACUAACUGCUGUUUUUUUCAGGAUGGCCUCUGCAUGGAGAAAUCUGGCCCCCGGGUAGCUGUCGAUCUGGAUGUCCUGGUGACGAAAGGCUGGAAGGUGCUUGAGGUUAGAGUCCCCGAUCACCACGACCUUCCUGCUGACAGACAGGUGCCAAUCCAUCAUUUUUCGAUCCGAGUUGAUGUGCACAGUGGGCUUUCUGGCAGUGCUCGGACUCGUAGGCGUGGUAACCUGCGCCGUACUAUUGUCUUCUGUCGGCUGUGAAGGCGAAGUGACUGUUUUUGUUUUUUUCUGGCUUCCAGAAAACAGUUGGGCCCAACUUGGGGUUCUCAGACCCAGGACAGGCCUGUCUGGGACGGACGUCUCCGGGAGGGGCACGCCCGGGAGGAGUGGAUCCGGGACGGGUAGGUCCAAGAGGGGCGUGUCCGGGAGGGGCGUGUCCGGAAGAGGCGUGUCCGGAAGAGGCGUGUCCGAAAGAGGCGCGUCCGGAGGAGGCGUGUCCGGAGGAGGCGCGUCCGGGAUGGGCGGGUCCGGGAGGGGUUCCUGUGACCGCUCAGGGUAGAGUAGGUACCAGGGUGGAGGCGUGUCCGGGGAAGACUGAUCCCGUGUGGGCGACCCCGACUGCUCAGGUAAGUGUUGGUCCGUCUCUGGCUGGUCAGGAGUCCCCCGCACAUUCUCAUCCCCAUGUAUCAAAAUCAACGCACUGUGUUCAACAGGUGGAGCCGGGCGAGGCGGCGUGUCGGAGACCACCGGGAGGACCCCGAUCUCAGCACCGACCCGCGAUCGCGGCCCUUGCGGCCGGACCAAAGGUGCCUCGACGAUAGCGUCGUCGGCAGGUCUGCUGCACGGCUUGCGAGGUCGCGUUGCUCUCUGGGCCACAGAUGGUUCGGUAGCCGGAGAGGAAGGCGACAAGACCGGGAAAGGGACCGGAGUCACCCGUCCACGCGGGCCCCGAUCCUGCUCCACCUCAGGGGACCACUCCCUGGUAAUGGGGUCGGUCAUGGUGGACACCGUGGCGUGUGCAGCGGCAGUUGGUAGAAUGACCGGCGGGGGCAGCGAGGGGUGCACCACCUCCAUGACAACGCGGUUGUCCAACGAGUCCGAGUCCGCUCGAGGCUCGGUACGUCGGCGCCGCGCUGGGGGCAACACCUCCUCAACGGCCCGGGUGUCAACCAAGACCGAGUCCACCUGAGACUGGGCCUGCUGGAGCGUCUCAGUCGUCAGCCUGCGCCCUAGGUGUGUCUUGGCCCACGCCGAGGCCACUUUGAAUGGGGCUUCCCAAUUGUGUGAAAUAAAUUCCCCCAGUUUAUCAGCUUCUGAUUGCAGUGUUUUAUGGUAAUGUUCCCUAAGAAUUAUAAUUGUAGAAUGUGCCCAAUUUUUUGCAUUACCCUUUAUCCGGUCUUCUGUGUCGGGGUUGGUAACAGCUGGUCUGAUUCCCGUCGUCAAAGCAAGUUCCAUCCUAGUGAUGGUAAGUGGUUGUUGUUCCUUGCUGACGUUUUUUAAAUGAUGUACCACUUUAAUUAUGUUGUACAUAAUUCUAGCUAUGGAGCUAAAGUCGGGGUCCAGAUUGUCAGGAGAAGAUGCCCUGGGGGGAUGUGCCUGGUUAAUCUUGGCUGUUCUUUCUUUGCGGCGUUUUCCCCGUGCUGUUUUGUGUUGUUUGUUACCCCUAUGAUUUGCCCUAUGAGUCCCCCUGGGAUAGGGAGGGUUAUCAUGGGUAGGGUGGAAAUUUCCCCUGUUUUGGCGGGGCAUGUCAUCUGCCGGAAAAUUGGGAUGUUGCGGUUGGAAGCCUCUGAAAAAUGUGUUAUUAUUUUGGCGUGCAGUGUCGUUGUUUCGCCACUGUGGGGCGCUGUCUCGUAUCUCACGCGCGUUAUGAUCCCGGUGACGCGCGUCAUGAUCCCGGCGACGCGCGUCAAGAUCCCGGCCACGCGCGUCAUGAUCCCGUUCACGAGCGUCAUGAUCCCGGUCACGCGCGUCAUGAUCCCGGUCACGCGCGCCACGAUCACGGUCACGCGCGCCAUGAUUACGGUCACGCGCGUCGCGAUCACGGUGAUGCGCGUCGCGAUCACGGUGACGCGCGUCAUGCUCACGGUGACGCGCGUCAUGAUCACGGUGACGCGCGUCAUGAUCACGGUGCCGCGCGUCAUGAUCACGGCGACGCGUGUCCCAUUGGGGGCGGCCAUGGCCGCCGCAACAAUGAUCGUGAUCAUGAGGCCAACCUCGAGUCACUUCAGCAUAUGUGAGGUCCUCGUAGGAGUGCUGGGACAUCCGGGGCCCCCCCAGCGCCGGAAUGUCCGAAUACCCAGGUAAGUAGCUGUACAAUGCAGGUAAGUAGGGUAAGUGGGAAUAAUAUGAUGUUGUUUUUGUUGUUUGUGUGUACACAAAUGGCCCAGGUGGGCCCACAAGGCAGAGCGCGAGCCGUGAGUGGACCAGAGGCACAGGCGGGUUAGGGUUGGGGUUGGGGUUAGGGUUAGGGUUAGGGUUAGGGUUAGGUUUAGAGUUAGGGUUAGGGUUAGGCAUAAAGAAAAAGAGUUGGUUAGGGUUAGGCAUAGAGAAAGAGAGUUGGUUAGGGUUAGGGCUAAGGGUGGGGGUGGGGCGAUAGAAAAGAGCGAAAAAAAAGAAUAAGAAGGGUGUGCACGGUCCGUCUAUGGCCCAGCGGGCUCGCACUCAUGUCUCAUUGAGCCCCCCCGGGUGUCUAGUACCCAGUCUGUGGAUCCAGAGGCCUUCCGCCCGCCUCCGUUGGGCGGCACUCCAUCUGGAGUUGGCUUGGACCACACACGCCCGGACAGAAGCCCACCCGUGCCGGAUAAAGUGUUGGACAAGGUAGGUGGUGGUGUUCUUCUGCCGGACAAUGUUAUAUUUAUGUUGGUGGAAACGGGUGGCGAUGGUGUUACCCGUUUCACCAACAUACAUAGCACGGCAACGCUGGCAGAGGAUAACAUACACGCAAUUUUUGACCUGCCCGUCUCCUCUGCACAGCGGCCGGAAGACCUUACCGCUGUGGCGAUUGACCAGCCAAGGGAUGUUCCGCAAGGGAGCGCUGCUCCGGGCCGAGGGCGGAUCUCCGGUGGAACUGAUCCGAGCCCUGACAAGCAGAUCACCCAGGCUGGGAUUUUUGCGGUAGGCCGAGACCAGAUAAUAGUCCUUCAGUUUGCCGCUUUUCUCCACAAAGGUACAAAAGUUACCCUUGACCCUUCUGGAAACCUGUACCGCCGCAGGCGAGAAGGUUGUAAUGAGGGGGAUCAUGUGUUUACCAGGGGGAGGCUUCUUCUGGUCCAGGAAGCACCUGAACUGUCUCCUGAGGAAGGAUCUGGAAUACCCUCUCUUCCUCAGGGCCGUGAACAGGGCUCCCAUGGCCGUUACAAAGUCCUCCCGCCUGGUGCAGAUCCGGUGGAACCUCAGCAGCUGGGACUUCACCAAUCCCGCGUAGGUGUGUCGGGGGUGGAAGCUGGUUUUGUGGAGGAGGGCAUGGGUAUCCGUCUCUUUAAAAAACACCUUAAUGUCCAAAUGGUGAGUGGAGGUGAAAUCCGGACCCUUGAAGGUGGUAGUGUCCAGGAAGUCCACUGACGUGGGGCUGGUGGUGGACUUAAUGGUGAUACUGGGGUUGUGGGUAUUCAGGGUGUGGCGGAACCCCUCAAAUUCCUCCAUGGAAUGAGUCCACACCCCCCAGAUAUCAUCCAAAUACCUGAAAUAAUGGAGGGGUCUGAUUGCGCAGGCAGCAAGGGCAGAGGUCUCCCAUUCUGCCAUGAAGAUGUUAGCAUAGGCCGGAGCAAACUUUUUGCCCAUGGCCGUGCCCUUGAUCUGUAGAAAGAACCGGCCAUUGAACUCAAAGUCGUUCCUCCUGAGGUUGAUGUCGAGAAGCUGGAGGAGUUCCUUCUCGGGCCUGCUAACAUCUCGGUAUUUAUAAAAAAUGUUUUUGACGGCUUGGAUGCCCUGGUCAAUGUCAAUAUUCGUGUACAAACUAUCAAUAUCAAUGGUGAACAAGACUGCCUCUUGGGGAAUGAUCAAAUUUUUAAUUUUGUCAAUAAAGUCAUAUGUGUCCUUAAGAUAACUCUCGUGUUUAAUGGAGAGUGGGGUCAAAAAGUAAUCUAUAAACGCCGCCGUCCUGUAGGUUUCACUGCCGCAGUCGGACACAAUGGGCCUGCCCGGGGGUAUCUCGUACGGUCGGCUCCACUUGUGUCGUUCCUUGUGGAUCUUGGGGAGCAAGUAGAACCUACGGGGGCGGGGCUCCGAUUCGCCCAAGAGGUAAGUCUUUUGUUUGUGGUUAAUGAAUCGUUUUUUCAUUAAAUUUUUGACUAUGUUUUCGACCAUAGGGAUCGUUUGUGGGUAAAUGGGCGUGGCCAAUGGUUGGUAGUAGGUGGUAUCACUCAAUUGUCUGGUGCCCUCCCAGACAUAUUGAGACCUAUCCAUGAUGACCACUGCGCUACCCUUGUCUGCCGGCUUAAUAAUUAUGUUCCUGUUGUUUUUCAGGCUAUGCAGGGCCUCUGUUUCGUACCGCGUCAGGUUGGGCGCGACCGCGAGGGCGCAGCCCGAUAGGAGCGACGGGUGUUCGUCCGCCAGGACCAGCGUUUGGACCUCUGGAGGAAGCAGUCCCGGUGAGGGCUCCCAAUCGGACCUCGGGGUGAAAGGUCGCGGCCCAAGAGACUCUUGCUUUUCAUAGAAAACCGCAGUUUUGACACUUCUAUGAUAUUCCUGCAGGUCGAAUUUUACUUGAUGGUGCCACUCUGGACUGAGGCUGGUGGACGGGACGAAACUGAGGCCCUUGUCGAGGAGGGAAUGCUGC